CUUGGAAUUCGCACCUCGUGGUGCCGUCUUAGGUCGGCAACGUCAAGUUAAUUAGCUGAAAAAACCUGUUACUUUUAACGUAUUUUAAUCACCAUGCCAACAAAUAAUCCACUUCCCCAAAAAGAAAAUGCACUGUUUAAAAGAAUUUUGAAAUGUUACGAGCAGAAGCAGUACAAAAAUGGUCUGAAGUUUGCUAAGCAAAUAUUGACGAAUUCAAAGUUUUGUGAACAUGGAGAAACGUUGGCUAUGAAAGGUCUGACCUUAAAUUGCUUGGGAAGAAAAGAGGAGGCAUAUGAAUAUGUCCGAAGAGGACUUAGAAAUGAUCUCAAGAGCCAUGUCUGCUGGCAUGUGUAUGGACUUUUACAGCGAUCUGACCGCAAGUAUGAUGAAGCCAUCAAAUGCUACAGGAAUGCUUUGAAGUGGGACAAAGAUAACUUGCAGAUUUUGAGAGAUUUGUCACUACUUCAAAUACAAAUGAGAGAUCUCGAAGGAUAUCGGGAAACAAGAUACCAGCUGUUGGUUUUACGACCAGGUCAAAGGGCAUCAUGGAUAGGGUAUGCAAUGGCCUAUCAUUUGUUGAAAGAUUUUGACAUGGCUUUAAAAAUCUUAGAGGAAUUUAGAAAAACACAGAUGCCUAAACCAUAUGACUAUGAACAUUCUGAACUUUUGAUGUACCAAAACCUGGUCAUGCGUGAAGCUGGCAUGUAUCAAAGAGCACUGGAACACCUCACAACCUUUGACAAGCAAAUGGUUGAUAGACUGUCAAUGCAAGAAAUAAAAGCUCAACUUCUAGUGCAGCUGGGCAGAAAAGGUGAUGCUGUUGAUAUUUGCCUAGAUCUGAUUGAUAGAAAUCCAGAAAAUUGGGCCUAUUAUAAAGGCCUGGAGGAAGCAAUCAAUCCAGACUCGAUUGAGGAGAAGAUGAAAAUCUAUGCGGAUGCUCAGUGUCGGUAUCCUCGAGCGUCGAUGCCAAAGAGACUACCACUGAAUUUUACUACAGGUUUGUUUUCACAUGCUUACGUUGUUGAUAAGUGUACUUGGAGUCUACUUCUUUUCUUUCUUUCUUUCUUUUUUUUUUUUAUCAAAAUUAUAGAAGAACUUGUUCUCAGUUAUGAACAGCAUCUGAAGUCCUGUGGAUAUUUUCAUCCAAAAGACGCUGAAACGGGUGAGGAGAAGGAACCAGCGACUGCCAUACUGUGGACGUAUUAUUACCUUGCUCAGCAUUUUGACUUCAUGGGCGACAUGGAGAAAGCCAUGGGCUACAUGGAUCUCGGACUGGAGCACACGCCACUGCUCAUUGAACUCUUCACGCUGAAAGCGAAAUUAAUGAAGCAUGCAGGUGAUAUGGAGGAGGCUGUAAGGCUAAUGGACGAGGCUCAGUCGCUAGACACAGCUGACCGAUACAUCAACUCCAAGUGUGCCAAGUACAUGCUGAGAGCCAGUCUUAUCCAGGAGGCAUCAGACAUGUGUACAAAGUUUACCAGGGAAGGUGUAUCUGCCACAGAAAACCUGAAUGAGAUGCAGUGCAUGUGGUUCCAGACAGAGUGUGCCGCUGCUGCACAGAGACUUGGAAAGUGGGGAGAAGCUCUCAAAAAAUGUCAUGAAGUCGACAGGCAUUUUACUGAGAUUAUUGAAGAUCAGUUUGAUUUCCAUACAUACUGCAUGCGCAAGAUGACACUACGUGCCUAUGUUGGUCUGCUACGGUUGGAGGACAAGCUGCGCAACCAUCCAUUUUAUUUCAGAGCCGCUAAAAUAGCCUUAGAGAUUUACUUGCAUUUACAUGAUCAUCCAUUAAAGGAAAAUGAACAAGAAAAUAGUUUAGAUACAGAAAAUUUAACACCAAGUGAAUUGAAGAAAAUAAAAAGGAAACAGAAGAAAGCUGCUAAGUUGGCUGAACUGGAGAAAGAAAAGCAGAGAGCGGAACUUGAAAAACGAGAGAGUGCCAACAAGAAGGCAUCUGAUGGAGAUUUGGAUGGACCUAAAGAGGAGGAACUGGUGCCAGACAAGUUGGCAAGGGUUUCAGAUCCUUUGGACCAAGCUGUUCGAUUUUUGAAACCACUACAGCUGUUAUGUCCAAAUCGAAUAGACACUCACAUAUUUGCUUAUGAACUCUAUUCUAGAAAGGGUAAAUUAUUACUAAUGCUUCAGUCAAUCAAACGGGGCUUCCAAGCUGAUGCAAAUGAUCCUAGGUUCCACGUAUGUAGGAUGCGAUUUUUAGAACAUGUCACAACCAGGCAGAAAGAACUGAGUGAACCCAUCAAAUCUGUGAUAUCCUGUGAAGUGGAGAAGUUGUACAAAGGCAAAGACGCCAAAACCAUUAAUGAAGAAUUUAUAGCAAGUAACUCCAAGUCAUUAGAACAUCUACUGGCAGGUGCUCGUAUUAUGUAUGAAUUGGACCCAUCAACUCAACAGAGGGCUACCUCAUUGGCAAUGACCCUAUCAAAGGAUGUCAAAGGAGUGACAGUCAAGAACUGCAUUGAAGUUCUGGAGUGUUUGUGCAGAGGCGAUUUCGGCAAGUGUGAGAAGGCCGCACGGGACUAUACAGCAAUGUGUCAUAAUAUUUUCCCUUAUGCAACAGCUUUUAUGAUUCCUGCUAACACACAGUCAGACCAGAUAGUAGUAGCAAAUGGAUCGGCAUCCUCCUAGGCUAUUAAAUUGAGACACGAAAAUGGUUUGCAUAUCCAAAGACGAUGGAAUAAUAACUAAUAAAAACAAUUGUUGGUGGUGAACUGAUUUGUAUGUACCAGUACUUUUAGGUACUGCAUUUAAUAAACCAUGGCAGUUCUUGCAUGCUGAAAUGUUUGGUUAUAAAGGCUUUGUUGCCUAGUCAGGUUUGCUGUAUUAAAAAAAUGGAAGUGUUUAUGUAACUAUGACUAUCAAAACUACUGAUCUUAUUUGAUGUGUGUUUAAAAAAAAAAGAAAAAAAAAGUGACUAAGAACAGUGUAAAAAAAUUGUUGAGCUACCUGUUGUAAAACCUGUGAUAAAAAUUGUUUCAUACAUGAAUCAGACCAAUUCUUGGAGAGCAAGAAUGCCCGUGCGGUGUACAGACUCCCUGAUGUUUAGAUGGGGAAGACGAUCUAUUGCUCUUAACACACCACGUGUCUGUUGUAUUAGUUUACCACAAUUACGUCAAUUCACAUUUCAUGUUUUAGAUCUGUUUCUGUUCCUGCAUUUGUUGCUACUGCAAUUAACAGGAUUUCAAAAGAAAAUUGGCAGUAGAGGAGAUAACCAUUUUCAAAACAUGUUGUUAUAUAACAUGAAGCUCUCUUUAUAAAAUGAGUGGAAAUGUUUGAAAGGAAUUGUAAUAUAUAUAAUUGUAAUUGUGUUUAAAUGUGUAUUAGGCAAGUGCUUCACGUAACUCGGGACUUACACAACAUGAUAGAGCUGUAUGGAGCAAAAUAUUAAUGUAGGUAGUGAUAGGCAUUGGGGUUUUUCCCCCUUAUAAAACUACAUACUGAUGCAGUUUGUAAUACUGAGUUGGCAGGUAUGUAAAUUUGCUGAAUUGUUCCAUCACAAAGCAUCUGUAUAGAUGAUGUUUAAAAAAAAAAAAAGACUCAACAUGAAACUUUGUGUACACUUCGUUUCACAAAUAAUCCAGAUAUUUGUGAUUGUUAACACUUGCUGUAUUCUGUCGACAUCAUAAUGUAUUCCUAAGUAGUUAAUCAGAAAGCAGAUAACUGACAAGUAAUGGAAGUGUAAUCUAAUGGGGAUGGCAAAUGGUAAUGUCUGCUUUCCUCAGCAGUUAUUUAAUUUUUUAAAUAAACAUUAACAGUAGUGCCAAAUUAGUUUUCCUAUUUGCUUGUAUGAUCCGAACAACAAAACCACUUAACAUUCAAACUAAUAGUGCAGCUUACAAUUCAAGCUAAUAUAGCACAAGGCAGUCCAAGGGAUGUUUUGGGUGGGAUGUAGCCCAAUGCUAAACUCCUCGCCUGAUGUGCGAUCCAUCUAGAAUUGAUGAACAUCGAUGGGCACUUGGGCUAUUUCUCAUUCCAGCUAAAAAAAAGCUGUCGUAUGUACUAUCCUGUCUGUGGUAUGGUGCAUAUAAAAGAUCCCUGGCUGCUAAUUGAAAAGAAUAGCUUAUGGCAUGGCAGCAGCUGGGUUCCUCUUUCAGUAUUUUUAUGGUCCUUGACAUUAAAAUGUGUUGUGUGUGUUAAAUAAAAUAUGUUGGGGUUUUUUCCCCCAAGGGAUGUUAUGGUAUAGUUGUGAUGGUAUGCUGACAUAAUGUCCUUCAAUCUGUCUACUGAUGACAUGCGAUCUGCUUCAUGUAUCGAGUUGACAUGUUUUUCCAAUUCAGGCAGUGAGGAGGUUUGAUUAUUUUGUGAUUACAAAUACAUUGAAAAAAGAAUAACAAACCUUAAAUGCUUGAUAUACCCAAUACUGCAAGACACCUCAUAAAGUCUAUGAUUGCAAACUAUAGAGGUUUUAAAUUUUGAACAUCGAUUUUACAUCAAACGUAAUAAUCUCGCCAGUCUAAAAAUAUUCUCUCUACACAAAUGUGGUUUUUGGUGGCUUGAAUAUUAAGAUUUUGUUAACAUGUUUUGGGAGGAUUGUUCUAUCUUUGAUGUCAUGACAACGUGAAGUGCUUGCCAAGAUUGUGUGUGUGUGAGAAUGUGAGCGUGCUCAGUAUAAUAUGCACUGCAGACGUCUAAUGUGAUAUUGUCUGCCCGAGUUUGGUCCAAACUUAGAGAAACUGUUUUAGUUAAGAAGUUUGGAUCUUUAGAUCAUGAUGUUCAUAAAUGUUUUUUAAAUAUAAUUUUUGAAAAAUUAAUUUUAAAACAUUAAUUAUCUUGCAAGUUGUAAAAUGUAAUUAUUUAUUAUCUCUCUAUGUUCAUGUAUUAUAUAUAUUUUUGGCACACAGUAUCAUUUCGGUGCCAUCUGAAUCUUAUGCGCCAUGUUGUUAUUUUAUUAAACAAUUUUCAACAUUAAUUAGUCUUCUACCAACUCUGUCAACUACUGCUUUUUAAAAAAAAACCCACCAAAAAAGCCAUUUCCAUUCCGUAACUGGAAAUUUAUAAUAGAUACUGCAUCAUUGGAUUUCAUUUCUCUUAUUCAGCAUUUUAUUAAGAAAAAUUCUAAAACCUGAAUAUGCUUCACAGUAUUUGAAUUGUAUGUUGGACGUUUUUUAAAUUCUAAGUUAAAAGAUAUUUAAACAAAGUAAGACCUCUUUCCGGCUGACAGAUACAAAGAAAUAAAAUAGUUUUUUUUUUUUUUUAAUUGCAUUAUCCUUAGCUGUUGGGAGACCCAAAAAUUAUUUCAAAUCUAAUUUAAAUUUAAUAUAUUAUCUCAUUUCGUUAGCAUUUAUGUCUACUGCUCCUGAUACCAUUUUCCAGUGGUUUAUAUAUGUAUUUUAUAGUUUAUAUAUAAAAGGUAUAGGUCUCUGUACCUCAUCUGAGGUGAUAUAAAUGAUUGGUUGUUGGAUUUCACUUGGCAGGUGGUUCCAUGAAAUAACACAAUCUAUGUGUAACUGUUCAACUGAGAAGCUCAUAGCAGUAAAAAAAAAAAAAUUCACUUGUUUUGAACUGAAAGGCUUCAGUGAUAAUAUUGCAUGGUUUUGUAUUUUUCUAAGUAGUUUCAGAGUUCAUACAAAAUGAAUGAUACUAGGAUUGGCUAUCGGGAAGAAGCCUACAUAAAAGCCUAUCCCUAAAGUCGUUUCAAAAGGUUAAUGACCUAGGUUAAAGAUUGUAAAAAUGUUAUUCAUAAAUGAUUGAUGCAUUCUAUAUCUUUCAAGCCAUUGACCCGAAUUUCUGGGGUACUAACAAUAUGAAUUUAGUACAAAGUCUAAACCAAGAGAGAGAGACAUUAGAUUUGUCAAAAAUCACAAUUUAGGCAAAUGUAAGUGGUCAUGUUACCUUUACUGAAUUAACAGCUUAAAUCGGGGGUUACACUGGACAAAAUUUGUUUUAGCCAAUUUUCAGAUAUGUAGGGGAUUUGUCUGAAAAUUAUUAAAAAGCAGCUAAAUUUUAUUAGCCAAAUAAAAAUUAGCAGUUGUCUAAUUUGGCAUUAGGGCAGGGUGAGACCUGAGCUUAGCUUUCCUUAAAUUGAAAAAGAAAGAAAAAGUAAACCUUUCGAGUUCCUGCUGUUGGCUGCUGUGGUGUUGUUUAAAACACAAAAAUCAAUCUCUGUAUAUAUAUAUAUAUACAUGUAUAUAUAUAUAUAUAUAUAUACAUGUAUAUAUAUAUAUAUAUAAUUCACAUAGAAUAGAUGUAUACAUGUUCGAGUAGUAUUGGCCCCAAAAUUGUUCAACCACUGUUAAGAAAAACACAUAAGAUAGUGUAACAGAGACAAUGUGGUUUUUAGUUUGUGAUAAUCCCCACUCUUCCCCUCUCCCUCCCACCACCACCCCCCCCCCCCCCCCCCCCCCCCCCAAUCCACAAUCCACCAUGAUAGAAGAAUAAAAAACAAAUAAACCCAAGAUAACUUCAGUCUAGAACAGCUAAGGAAUGCUUGAUACUUUAGCACAGCAGUUGAAGUAAGUAACCUCUUUAAACAAUAUCAGUUGAAGUAAGUAACCUCUUUAAACUAUCAGUUGAAGUAAAGUAACCUCUUUAAACAAUAUCAGUUGAAGUAAAGUAACCUCUUUAAACAAUAUCGGUUGAAGUAAGUAACCUCUUUAAACAAUAUCAGUUGAAGUAAGUAACCUCUUUAAACCUUUAAAAAAAAAAGUAUAUGGUAUUUUACCAUGCGAUUACCGUGAUUAGAGUAAUGCCAUGUUUAUCAUUUUCAAGAUUCCUUUACAGUAAAUUUGGAUUUGCAUAAUUCAACUUUUAGUUUCACAAAGCAUGGACCUAUUUACUAAACACCCCUGAUUUCUUGAUUGUGAAAUUUUUUGUGUGUAUAAUUUAAAGUUUCUUACAGAAUGUGAUUUAAAUAUGUUGAUGAGUGCUAUAUAUGCUAAUUGCGAGUGUUUAUAAAAUUCAGUUUUUUUUAAAAAGAAGAGAUUAUCCAAAAUCUUAUCUGCCGUUAUAUUCAUUAUGUUACAGAGAUUAUCAUUAUAGCUUUGGUAUUUCCCAUAAAUGUUCACUAAAAUUUAUAAAACCAUUGAAAUUAAUAAAACCAUUUGAAAUAGCAUUGCUUGCACCAAAUAAUUAUAAGUUGCAAUUAGCAUCAUAAAUUCAUAGUUAAAAUCAUUUUAAAAUUUACUUAACCACUGAUUAAGUUAACUUGAAUUUGCACCUGGUAUACAAAGUACAUGGCUGCAAGUUCUAUGCCUAAACUUUUAGUAUAUUUAGUGCAUCUUUUUCAAAAAUAUAUAUUAUCCAGCAUUUGAAAUGUAUGUGUGUGUCCAUGCAAGUAAAAAUUUGCAAAAGAAGUAAAAUGUACCAUACUUAUCUGGGGCCUAAUUCACAAAGGUCUCUUAGGCUCUGUUAGACAACAUGCGGAAAGUAGCAAAGUUAGGGUCUACUACCAUUUUGAUUGUUGAAAUUGAACAAUAUUAUUUUGUUGUCCCAGAAAUGGUAUAAAAUGCUGCUCCAUAUUUUUGUCUCGCCAUUAUGUAGUGAAAAGGUGAGGGAUGUGUAUUUCUUUUCCAGCAGCAGUAGCAGUGGUGACAACUUGUGCGUUAAAAGUUCUGUGUUUAGAUAAGUUUCUCACAAACUUGUAAAGUCCUAGAUAAACGAAACUGUUUGCAGUUGCACCAGUGGAUGUUCAUAACAGAGCACCAAAAACUUUAUGGUAGGCAAGUCAUUCAAUUCGGUGUAUAGCUGAUGUGUCUGCUUUUUAUAUGGACUGCACCCAUUUCACAUUCUGAGCUAUGUUAGUAUACUGUUUUGUGUUUGUCAGUCUGUCAUGUGAUGAAUCCGUUUUCUUAUUCUGCUUUAACCUUUUUUUGUGUGUGUGUGUGUGUGUGUGUGUGAUAUUAGCCAGUUGCAUGUAAAAUGUGGAUAAUAAAACCAUUUGCAUCCGAGUGGAAAUACCAAUGCUACAAUGUUAUGCUUUGUAAGAACCGUGUGUAACUGAUUGUGUAGAAUAUGAUGGAAAUGUGUAUUUUCAACAGCAUCUCCACUGAACCCAUGUCUGUGCUUUUCAGAAAGACGAGUGUGCUACUUGUGAAUAAAAUUUAUUCAUCUUUUUUAUGCAUUCCUAA